AUGUCUGUGAAGUCACCAAAUAUUGAUUCACUUCCUAGUUACUUUGACGCCAUUUCUUCUGAACCUCCUCCAUCAUAUUCCGAACUAACAUCUUCUCAAUUACCAGUAUCACGAUGUUUUCCAAUUGUUAUCCCGGAACAUGAACAACAAAUUGCACCAAUUUAUACAAUUCAGAUUGAACCUCGAGGAAGAGAAAUAAGGAGUGAGACAUAUCCAGAUGUUCAUUGUGUAUCUCAUUUUUCCAGGUUUACAAACUUCUGCACGAAGUUCAAAGCAAAAUCAGUUAAGCAAUUGUUGUUCUCUAUUAUGUUUGUCAACUUUGUGCUUUAUAUGUAUAUCAAUUAUUAUAUUAAUGGGUUCGUGA